AUGAGUAGAAUCGACCGCUUUAUCGUCUCUAAUGAAGUGGUGUCUAGAUGGGAGAUUAUGGGCCAACUCAUUGGUGAUAGGGAUAUUUCGGAUCAUUGUCCAAUACGGAUUUUGAAGGACCAAAGGAAUUGGGGCCCAAAACCAUUUAAAUUCAACAAUGAAUGGUUUAACUUCGAUUCUUUUACUCCUUUUGUGGAGAAAGAAUGGAAAUGCUUUAAGGUGGAAGGAAGAGGUGACUUUGUGUUAAAGGAAAAACUAAGGCUUCUCAAAGAUAAACUUAGGUUUUGGAACAAGGAAGUGUUUGGUAUAAUCGACUUGGAGAUGGAGGACGGUGCUUACAAGAUGAAUUUGGCCGAUGAUAAAUUAGCCUCGGAUGAUGUUUUCAACUUCGAUAGCACCAUGGUGUGUAGAAAGGAAGCGUGUAGUAAAUUUUGGAAGAACUUGAGAAUAAAAGAAAAUAUGUUACUUCAAAAGUCUAGAUUGAGUUGGAUUAGGGAAGGAGACUCCAAUAGAGGUUUUUUCCACAAGGUGUUGAAACAAAGACGGAGGAACAAUCAUUUAGGCCCGAUUCACUCUUCGGAAGGAUUGGCGGAGACGGUUGAAGAGGUGAGGGAGACGGUUUUCAAUCACUUUGAGGAGAAAUUUGUGGAACCAGAGGAAGAUUUCUUCAACUUUUUCAAUUAUUUCUUUGGAGGGAGUUCUUUGGCUAAGGCGGUUACCUCUUCUUUUUUGACUCUUAUUCCGAAGAAGCAUAAUCCUUUGGGUUUGGAUGAUUAUAGGCCUAUUUGCUUGGUGGGUUGUAUUUAUAAAGUGGCGGCUAAAAUUUUAGCGGGGAGACUUAAAAAGGUGCUAAAUUCUAUCAUUUCUACUUGUCAAACCGCUUUUGUUCCCGGUAGGCAAUUGCUUGAUGGGGUGAUCGUUGCUAAUGAGGUGGUAGAUUAUGCGAGGAAGGCGGGUAGUAAGUGCACCCUUUUCAAAGUUGACUUCGAAAAGGCGUACGAUAAGGUGAGUUGGAAUUUUCUUCGUUUCAUGUUCAAAGCGAUGGGGUUUGGGAGUAGAUGGAUGAAAUGGAUGGAAUUAUUGGUGUUUAAGAGUGAUAUGUCGGUGCUUGUGAAUGGGAGCCCUACGAAAGAAUUCGGUGUUUCUAGAGGGUUGAGACAAGGAGAUCCCCUAUCUCCUUUUCUCUUUGUGUUGAUAGCGGAGGCUCUCACGGCUUUGGUGAGAAAAUCUAUUGAGUUAGACGACUUCCAAAGUUUUGUCAUCGAGGGAAAGUGUAGAGUGGACAUCCUUCAAUUUGCGGAUGACACUUUAUUGGUGGGGGAUGGUAGUUGGAAGCAUAUUCGGGCGGUUAAGGCGGUUCUUAGAGCUUUCGAACUUGUAUCGGGCCUUGGUAUUAAUUAUCACAAGAGUAAGUUGAUUGGUAUUAAUCCUAGUUAUCAAUUUUUGGAAGCGGCGUCUCACUUUUUAUCUUGUAAAGUGGAGGAUAACAAGUUUAUUUUCCUAGGCAUUCCGAUUGGUCACAAUCCAAGGUUGGAAUCUACUUGGGAUCCUCUUUUAAACAAGACAAAGGCUAGAUUGGAAGGUUGGACUAAUCGCUACUUGAAUUUAGGAGGUAGGAUUACUCUUUUGAAGUCGGUUCUUAGCUCCCUCUCCAUUUUCACCAUGUCUUUUUAUAAAAUGCCGUUGAAGGUGGUGAAGAAAUUUAAUAGCUUGCAAAGUAAAUUCCUUUGGGGAGGGAUAGAGGAGAAGAGAAGGAUUCAUUGGGUUCGAUGGAAAGACGUUUGUCUUCCCAUGGAGAAAGGUGGGUUAGGUGUUAAGGAUAUAGCUUUGUUUAAUAUUUCUCUUCUUAACAAGUGGAGGUGGCGUAUUUUUCAAGGUCAAAGUUCUCUUUGGAUUGAAGUCUUAAAGGCCCGAUAUGGUGAUUUAGCGUCCUCCUUGUUGAUUAAUAAUAAGGUUAGUAAUUCCUCCCCAUUUCUCCGUGGUGUCUCUUCAUCUUUUUCUUCGUUAUGGUGGAGAGAUUUGGUUAAGAUUAGUUCUUCCUUCCAUGUGGACCCUUUGGUGGAUAAGGUUAAAUUUAAUAUUCACAACGGGUUCCACACACCUUUUUGGGAAACUUCGUGGUUGGAAGGGGUUCCUUUGAAAGAGGAGUUUCCGGAUUUGUAUUUAUAUUCUAGUUUGAAAGGGGUUUCGGUGGCGGGAAUGGGGGGGUGGAAGGAAGGCACGUGGUGUUGGGGUGAUUUUGGCUUAAAUUUGGAGGAUACUUUUUUAGAGCCGGAUUUGUUGAAGUUGAAGAGUCGGGUGAAUGCUUUUACCGGGUGGAGACAUGGAUCGGAUUCUGUUUGUUGGACCGAAGGACCGUCGAUGGAAUUCUCGGUAGCUUCUUGUUAUCAUCUUUACUUGAAUUUCCAUAUUCCGUUCGGACCACCUAACAUCCACGAUGGUGUUUUUGGUUUUUUGUGGAAAAUGGAGGUUCCGUACAAGAUCAAGGCAUUUGGAUGGAGACUCUUUCUAGAUAGGCUCCCAACGGUUGACGGUUUGGUGUAUAGAGGCAUGACUUUCUCCAUUGAUGAUUCUAAAUGUGUUUUGUGUGGUAUUGUUCCGGAAGAUAGGAACCAUUUCUUUUUUGAUUGUUUGGUGGGUACAAAGAUUUGGAGUGAAAUAGCUUUUUGGAUUGGUAAAGGAGGAAUUUCGGAAAAGGAGUGUAUACCGCAUUUUAUGGAGUGGCACUCUUUCUUCCGUUCUCGUAAGAUUAUAGAUAGUAAAUUGGACGUGGUGUGGCUAGCAACCGUUUGGUCCUUUUGGUUACUUAGGAAUGGUGUGCGUUUUCGGAAGGAAGCUUGGAGCAUAAACAAUACCGUUUGGAACAUCAAGUUCUUGGUAUGGAAAUGGUCUUUUUGUGGAAAGAUUACUCAUCCCAAUUAUUCCUUUUACGAUUUUAGUAAGGAUCCGCUAUUCUUUCUUUCGUAA